AUGUCUCACGAUAAGAAAUACAAUAUAAAUGAGUCUGUGCGGAUGCUCUCACCCGAGCAAGAAGCAAAUUCAGACCAAGAUUCUGAUGUUAUAACUUCAUUGGGAGUUGUAACGAGUACUAAUUCUUCUGAUACAGUCAUAUCGCUUGAAAAUACAGAGGAAACGCCAAUUGGAAGACAUAUUGGGUCGUUUGGAGUCGUUAUGAUGAUCGUGCAGCGAAUAAUUGGAUCAGGAAUAUUCGCCGUUUCAGGUUCUAUUUAUCAGGAUUUGGGUGGGUCGCCGUUUCUCUUCUUCCUAGUUUGGGCAUGUGCUGGUUACAUGAGUUUUGCAGGAGUGUUUUGUUUUCUUGAAUUAGGAUCACUGGUUCCCAGAAGCGGAGGUAUGAAGGUCUUCUUAGAGUACAUUUACUACAGGUGCCGGAUGAUGGUGACAGUUAUUUUUGGUCUUUAUUCCAUCAUGUUCGGCUUUACGAUUUCAAAUGCCAUCAUAUUUGGCGAGUACACUUUGUAUGCCUUGGGAUUUGACAAUGCCGGAAAGGAGACGGCAAAACACGUUGGCUUGCUCUUUGUUGCACUAAUGUGUGUUGUGAAUGGAAUCUCCCCGCAUCUAGGUGUGAAAGCUCAAAAUGUCGUUGGAGCAUUGAAGUUGGCAUUGUUGUUUUUGAUGGCUCUUUCCGGCAUUUGGGUUCUGGUAUUCCCCACCUCGAUGACUCACGUGACCAACCAGUUGCACUGGUCUGAUUUCUUUGCCGUGAAACGUGAAAUAACGGUUGGAUCGCUCGGCUCAGCUUUGCUUAAGGCGGUCUUUUCGUUUGAUGGCUGGCAGACUGCACAGAUUGUGGCCAAUGAGAUCAAAGAUCCCGUUAAAACAAUGAACUUUGCAGCACCGUUGGCCUUGGCGCUUAUAAAUGGCUGCUACUUUUGCAUUAACUUGAGUUACUUGGCAGUUAUUCCGGACGAGGAUCUCAGCAAACUUCAGGAGAUGGUUGGUAGUAUACUUAUGGAGAGGAUAUUCGGACCAAUCAUAGGCAGAAGACUGCUUACUCUAACGGUGGCAAUAUCUGCUGCCGGAAACAUCAUGACUGUGCUUUAUCACAUUUCCAGAAUGAACCAGGAGAUCUUCCGAGAGGGCUUUUUGCCAUUCAGUCAUUUUUUCGCCUCAAACAAGCCUUUUGGAUCGCCAAUGAGAUGCCUUGUGUUUCCCUUGGUCAUCUCCGGUGUGUUUUUGUUGGUUCCUACACCUUCGAAUGUAUACAACUGGGUUGUCAACUUGGAAGGAUACCCUUCACAGUUAUUUGUGGGGCUUACAUGCUUUGGAAUUAUUCUUUUGCGGCGCAGAAACUUAGGAAAAGAGCCUGCGUUUAAAGCCCGACUGAUACACAUCGUAUUUGUGACAGUUUUUGAUGCAUUUGUGUGCAUCAGUGCACUCAACCCACACUCCAUGUCCAAGGAGUAUGAAGGAUUUCCGAACUAUGCGUAUGUUGCACUCUCCAUACUCUUUGCGGGUUUUUUGUACUGGUUGGUGAUGUUCAAAAUCCUACCGCGCCUUGGACACUACAAGCUUGAAAAGGCAACCAUUCGGCUGUCCGACGGUUUGACGAUGAAGAAAUGGGAAAAGAUUAGAGGUGGUGAGGCUAGUGCAGUGGUGUAG